AUGUCAUCAGAGGUAGUGCCUUUGCAGAAGAAGGGCAGGAAGAAAGCUGGAGCUGGAGCUGGAGUAGCGGUAGAUGGCGAGAAGGAUGGGUCCAGGCCGUAUGUGUGUCCGAUAUGCCAUCGAGGGUUCCAUCGUCUGGAGCACCAGACAAGACACAUCCGGACGCAUACUGGGGAAAGGCCGCAUGCGUGCGAUUUCCCGGGGUGUGCGAAACGGUUCAGCAGGAGCGAUGAGUUGACGAGACACAGGCGGAUUCACGACAGCGACAAGCCCAAGGGGAAGCGGGGUCGGAAGAAGAAGAGCGAGACGAUAGCGCGCGAGAAGGAGUUGGAGUUGCAGAGACAGAGACAGCAGCAGCAGCAGCAGCAGUUGCAGCAGCAGCAGUUGCAACAGCAACAGCAACAGCUACAGCAACAACAGCACCAAGUUUUACCUGCAGAAAUCAAGAUUUCUGCGCCAAUGGCAAGUUCGAUGAUGGAGGUGACUCAGGCCAUCAACCAGCGGUACCAGGAUACCCAUAAUCUAAGUCUGAGUUAUAAUUCAGGAUCGAACUCCAACGCAAGCUCGGGCUCGAACUCGAACUCGAGCUUGAACCAGGUAUUCUCCAUCACGUCACAGCCAGCCAGAGACUUGGCUGCUAAACCCAUGUUCCAACUUGGAAGUGACGAAUCAGAGGAAACCAGUAAUACCACAACCCUCCACUCGGUACACCCACAGCAGCAGAACAACGGAUCCGUGGAGCUGCUGUUGAACGCAGCAAGAUUUGAAUCGGAAAAAUCGACGACACCUUUAAACAACAACACCCCAUCCUUUAAGUUCAUUGAUAGACCACCACUAACGUCAAGUUUGUCGUCGCCAGCACUAUCGUUGAUUUCGCAGUCACCAGGUCCAGGCGCAGGUCCGGGCUUUGGUCCUGCCAACGGUAACGGUAACGGUAACGGCAAUGGCGCGGCUAAUAAUAACGGUCUGCUGUUACCAAGACCAACGUCGCGCCCAAAACUAAGCGCGCUAUCCACACUAAAGAGAAUGACGCCGUUGUCCCAGGUAUCAGAACCACAGCAGCCUGCCGCUUCGCUACCGCAUCUGCAGCAGGUCCCAAGCAACGGAUUUUUAGACACCAACGGCCAUGCUGCAUCGGUCGUGCGCAACAAGUCGUGGACAAACUUGGGCGUGAUGCCGUCGCCCUCAGAAUCGGGAUCGUCAGCUAUGAUAUCCCGCUUCUCGUCGUCUGCCAGCUUGAACAAACUAAUGGACCCAAGCUCAAGAACAUCAAGUGCAGUAAGCAUCGCAACACUCAUGAACGAGGACAAAUUACAAUCGCAGGAUGAUUUAAGCGUCGUGGAUGAGUUCGGAAGAUCGCGCAAAAAGUCAAAGACAAGCACCCCAAUUAGAAGGCCAAGCUCAAACAUGGGAUUCGGAACCGGUCCUGCUUCCCAUGCCAUGGAGUUCUGUAACGAACUCCAAUCAAGAUUAAAGUCAGUGGACCAGUAUUCGGACCGUAGUGCUGGUGAUGAGAAGGACUACUAUUUCCAAAGCCGCUCUUCAAGCUCGGUUUGCACCCCAAUCAACAGUCCUCCCUCGGAAAGAUUAGUGUCGAGCACCAGCAACAACAAAACUAUCAAACUCCCGUCGCUCAGAAGCUUGGAUAUCUUACCCCGGGAGCAGCAUUGA